CACACUUGAGCAUAUAUAAGCAGCUACUCUGGAUGCCUAAGUCAACUGGCAGGCAUCUGACUCAGCAUCUUCGGAUUUACACAAGACAUCAGUAGUUCUCAGUCAGGAUCCUGUGGUAAGGUUCCACCAAAGUGCCACCAUGAGCACCGACGCUGAAAUGGAGCAGUAUGGCCCGGCGGCCAUUUACCUCCGGAAGUCAGAAAAGGAGAGGAUUGAGGCUCAGAGUACCCCCUUUGAUGCCAAGUCUGCCUAUUUCGUGGUGGAUGCUGAUGAACUCUAUGUCAAGUGUAAAGUCAUCAAGAAGGAGGGUGGCAAAGCCACAGUUGAGACCGAUGGAGGAAAGACCGUCACUGUCAAAGAGGAUGAAAUCUUCCCCAGAAAUCCUCCAAAGUUCGACAAAAUUGAGGACUUGGCCAUGAUGACCCACCUCAAUGAGCCUUGUGUGCUGUAUAACCUGAAAGACCGUUUUGCAUCCUGGAUGAUCUACACCUAUUCCGGGUUGUUCUGCGUGGUCGUGAAUCCCUACAAGUGGCUUCCAGUGUAUGAUGCUGUUGUUGUAGCAGGAUACAGAGGCAAGAAGAGGAUUGAGGCCCCACCCCACAUUUUCUCCAUCUCUGACAAUGCCUAUCAGUUCAUGCUCACAGAUCGUGAGAACCAGUCUGUCCUGAUUACUGGAGAAUCCGGUGCUGGAAAGACUGUCAACACCAAGCGUGUCAUCCAGUACUUUGCAACAAUUGCAGCUCUGGGUAGCAAAAAGGACCAGCAAGCCGGCAGCUCUGGUAAAAUUCAGGGCUCCCUUGAAGACCAAAUUGUUGCUGCCAACCCUCUGCUAGAGGCAUACGGUAAUGCCAAGACAGUCAGGAAUGACAACUCCUCCCGUUUUGGUAAAUUCAUCAGGAUCCACUUUGGCACCAGUGGAAAACUGGCCUCAGCUGAUAUUGAAACAUAUCUGCUUGAGAAGUCCCGUGUCACCUUCCAGCUGUCUGCUGAGAGGAGCUACCAUAUCUUCUAUCAGCUGAUGACAGGCCACAAGCCUGAGCUCAUUGAUGCUCUGUUGAUCACCACCAACCCCUAUGACUUCCCAAUGAUCAGCCAGGGUGAAAUCACUGUCAAGAGUAUCAAUGAUAUUGAGGAGUUCAUUGCUACAGAUACUGCUAUUGACAUCUUGGGCUUUACUGCUGAUGAGAAGUUCAACAUCUACAAGCUCACUGGAGCUGUGAUGCAUCACGGCAACAUGAAGUUCAAGCAGAAGCAGAGAGAGGAGCAGGCUGAACCUGAUGGCACUGAGGUGGCUGAUAAAAUCGCCUACCUCAUGGGUCUGAACUCAGCUGAUAUGCUGAAGGCUUUGUGCUACCCAAGAGUCAAGGUCGGAAAUGAGAUGGUCACCAAAGGUCAGACCGUCCCACAGGUCAACAAUUCUGUCAGCGCUCUGUGCAAGUCUGUCUAUGAGAAAAUGUUCUUGUGGAUGGUCAUCCGUAUCAAUGAGAUGCUGGACACAAAGCAGUCAAGAGCCUUCUUCAUUGGAGUCUUGGACAUUGCUGGAUUUGAGAUCUUUGACUACAACAGCUUGGAGCAGCUCUGCAUCAACUUCACCAAUGAGAAACUGCAGCAGUUCUUCAACCACCACAUGUUUGUCCUGGAGCAAGAGGAGUACAAGAAGGAAGGCAUUGAGUGGGAGUUGAUUGACUUCGGUAUGGACUUGGCUGCCUGCAUUGAGCUUAUUGAGAAGCCAUUGGGCAUCUUCUCCAUCCUUGAGGAGGAAUGCAUGUUCCCCAAAGCCUCUGACACAACUUUCAAGAACAAGCUGAUUGAUCAGCAUCUUGGCAAGAACAAGGCCUUUGAAAAGCCAAAGCCUGGAAAGGGCAAAGCUGAGGCUCACUUCUCCCUGGUUCACUAUGCUGGUACAGUGGACUACAACAUCACUGGCUGGCUGGACAAGAACAAGGACCCACUGAACGAUUCAGUGGUUCAGCUCUACCAGAAGUCUGGAAACAAACUGCUGUGCUUCCUGUAUGCAUCUCACGGAGCAGCUGAGGCUGAGGCUGCUGGUGGUGGUGGAAAGAAGGGUGGCAAGAAGAAGGGUGGUUCCUUCCAGACUGUGUCUGCUCUUUUCAGGGAGAACUUGGGCAAGUUGAUGACCAACUUGAGGAGCACUCAUCCUCACUUUGUGCGUUGCCUGAUUCCCAAUGAAACAAAGACCCCAGGUCUUAUGGAUAACUUCUUGGUCAUCCACCAGCUGAGGUGUAACGGUGUGCUGGAGGGCAUCAGAAUCUGCAGAAAGGGCUUCCCCAGCAGAAUCCUUUAUGGUGACUUCAAGCAGAGAUACAAAGUAUUGAAUGCCAGUGUCAUCCCUGAGGGUCAGUUUAUUGACAACAAGAAAGCUUCUGAGAAGCUGCUGGGCUCCAUUGAUGUGGACCACACCCAGUACAAGUUUGGACACACUAAGGUGUUCUUCAAAGCUGGCCUUCUGGGUACUCUUGAGGAGAUGAGAGAUGAGAAACUGGCUGAGCUGGUUACCAUGACUCAGGCUCUCUGCAGAGGAUAUCUCAUGAGAAAGGAGUUUGUUAAGAUGAUGGAGAGGAGAGAGGCUAUCUACUCCAUCCAGUACAACAUCCGAUCAUUCAUGAAUGUGAAGAACUGGCCAUGGAUGAACCUGUACUUCAAGAUCAAGCCUCUGCUGAAGAGCGCUGAGACUGAGAAGGAGUUGAUGCAGAUGAAGGAGAACUAUGAGAAGAUGCAAUCAGACCUGGCUGCUGCUUUGGCCAAGAAGAAGGAACUAGAGGAGAAAAUGGUGUCCUUGCUCCAGGAGAAGAAUGACUUGCAGCUCCAAGUUGCUGCAGAAGUUGAGAGCCUUGGAGAUGCUGAGGAAAGGUGUGAAGGGCUGAUUAAGAGCAAGAUCCAGCUUGAGGCCAAACUCAAAGAGACAACUGAGAGACUGGAGGAUGAAGAGGAAAUCAAUGCUGAGCUGACUGCAAAGAAGAGGAAGCUGGAGGAUGAAUGCUCUGAGCUGAAGAAGGACAUUGAUGACCUAGAACUCACCUUGGCUAAAGUGGAAAAGGAGAAACAUGCCACUGAAAACAAGGUGAAAAACCUGACAGAAGAGAUGGCUACUCAGGAUGAGGCCAUUGCCAAGCUGACCAAGGAGAAGAAAGCCCUCCAAGAGGCCCAUCAGCAAACACUGGAUGACCUCCAGGCAGAGGAAGACAAAGUCAACACUCUGACCAAGGCCAAGACAAAGCUGGAGCAGCAAGUGGACGAUCUUGAGGGAUCUCUGGAGCAAGAGAAGAAGCUCCGUAUGGACCUUGAGAGAGCCAAGAGAAAGCUUGAAGGAGAUCUGAAACUGGCUCAGGAAUCCAUCAUGGAUCUAGAGAAUGACAAGCAGCAGUCUGAGGAGAAGAUCAAGAAGAAGGACUUUGAAAUCAGCCAACUCCUUAGCAAGAUUGAGGAUGAACAGUCCCUUGGAGCUCAGCUGCAGAAGAAGAUCAAGGAACUCCAGGCCCGCAUUGAGGAGCUGGAAGAGGAGAUUGAGGCUGAGAGAGCUGCUAGGGCUAAAGUAGAGAAGCAGAGAGCUGACCUCUCCAGGGAGCUUGAGGAGAUCAGUGAGAGGCUUGAGGAGGCUGGUGGAGCCACAGCUGCUCAGAUUGAGAUGAACAAGAAGCGUGAGGCUGAAUUCCAGAAGCUGCGCCGUGAUCUUGAGGAAGCCACUCUGCAGCAUGAAGCUACUGCAGCAGCUCUUCGCAAGAAGCAGGCCGACAGCGUUGCUGAGCUUGGAGAGCAGAUCGACAAUCUGCAGCGUGUCAAGCAGAAGCUGGAGAAGGAGAAGAGCGAGUACAAGAUGGAGAUUGAUGAUCUGUCCAGCAACAUGGAGGCUGUUGCCAAGGCAAAGGGCAACUUGGAGAAAAUGUGCAGGACUCUUGAGGACCAACUGAGUGAAAUCAAAGCUAAGAAUGAUGAGAAUGUCCGCCAGCUGAAUGACAUUAAUGCACAGAAAGCAAGACUCCAGACAGAGAAUGGUGAAUUUGGUCGCCAGCUUGAGGAGAAAGAAGCUCUUGUUUCUCAGCUGACAAGAGGCAAGCAGGCUUUCACUCAGCAGAUUGAGGAGCUCAAGAGACAAAUUGAGGAGGAAGUCAAGGCCAAGAAUGCCCUGGCCCAUGCUGUUCAGUCAGCCCGCCAUGACUGUGAUCUGCUCAGAGAGCAGUUUGAGGAAGAGCAGGAGGCCAAGGCUGAGCUGCAGAGAGGCAUGUCUAAGGCUAACAGUGAGGUGGCUCAGUGGAGAUCCAAAUAUGAGACUGAUGCCAUCCAGCGCACCGAGGAGCUGGAGGAGGCCAAGAAAAAGCUUGCCCAGCGCUUGCAGGAGGCUGAGGAGUCCAUCGAGGCUGUGAACUCCAAGUGUGCCUCUUUGGAGAAGACCAAGCAGAGGCUCCAGGGUGAAGUGGAGGACCUGAUGAUUGAUGUGGAGAGAGCCAAUUCUCUGGCUGCCAACCUUGACAAGAAGCAGAGGAACUUUGACAAGGUCCUGGCAGAGUGGAAGCAGAAGUACGAGGAGAGCCAGGCUGAGCUGGAAGGAGCCCAGAAGGAGGCCCGCUCUCUGAGCACUGAGCUGUUCAAGAUGAAGAACUCCUAUGAGGAGGCUCUGGAUCAUCUAGAGACCAUGAAGAGGGAGAACAAGAAUCUGCAGCAGGAGAUCUCAGAUCUUACGGAACAGAUUGGUGAGACUGGAAAGAACAUCCAUGAGCUGGAGAAAGCUAAAAAGACUGUGGAGACUGAGAAGGCUGAAAUUCAGGCUGCACUUGAGGAAGCUGAGGGCACUCUGGAACAUGAAGAGUCCAAGAUUCUGCGCGUCCAGCUGGAGCUCAACCAGGUCAAGAGUGAGAUUGACAGGAAGCUGGCAGAGAAGGAUGAGGAAAUGGAGCAGAUCAAGAGAAACAGCCAGAGAGUCAUUGACUCCAUGCAGAGCACUCUGGAUUCUGAGGUCAGAAGCAGAAAUGAUGCCCUGAGAGUCAAGAAGAAGAUGGAGGGAGAUCUGAACGAGAUGGAGAUUCAGCUGAGCCAUGCCAACAGGCAGGCUGCUGAGGCCCAGAAACAACUGAGGAACGUCCAGGGACAACUCAAGGACGCACAACUGCACCUUGAUGAUGCCCUCAGGGGACAGGAGGACAUGAAGGAGCAGGUAGCCAUGGUGGAGCGCAGGAACGGACUAAUGGUGGCUGAGAUUGAGGAGCUGAGAGCUGCUCUGGAGCAGACAGAGAGAGCACGCAAAGUGGCUGAGCAGGAGUUGGUCGAUGCCAGUGAGCGUGUCGGAUUGCUUCACUCUCAGAACACCAGCCUUCUGAACACCAAGAAGAAACUCGAGGCUGAUCUGGUCCAGGUCCAGGGUGAGGUGGACGAUGCUGUUCAGGAAGCAAGAAACGCAGAGGAGAAGGCCAAGAAGGCCAUCACUGAUGCUGCCAUGAUGGCUGAGGAGCUGAAGAAGGAGCAAGACACCAGUGCGCACCUGGAGAGGAUGAAGAAGAACCUGGAGGUCACAGUCAAGGACCUGCAGCAUCGCCUGGAUGAGGCUGAGAACCUCGCCAUGAAGGGUGGCAAGAAGCAGCUCCAGAAACUGGAGCAGAGGGUGCGUGAACUGGAAAGUGAAGUUGAAGCCGAGCAGAGACGUGGAGCUGAUGCUGUAAAGGGAGUCCGCAAAUAUGAAAGGAGAGUGAAAGAGCUGACCUACCAGACUGAGGAGGACAAAAAAAAUUUGGCAAGACUACAGGACCUUGUGGACAAGCUGCAGCUUAAAGUCAAGGCUUACAAGAGACAGGCUGAGGAGGCGGAGGAGCAGGCCAACACUCACAUGUCUAGGCUCAGGAAGGUACAACAUGAGAUGGAAGAAGCUCAGGAGCGCGCUGACAUCGCUGAAUCGCAGGUCAACAAACUUCGAGCAAAGAGCCGUGACACCGGAAAGGGUGAUUCUGCUGAAUAAGAGACCCAAGCUUGGAUUUUCAACAGAGUUCAUAAAAUAUGAAAAAUCUGUUGAAUUAUUUUUUCACUUUAACAUUCAAAUAAAACAAAGCACAAUGAUAUCUGAGAAA